AUGGAUGAUGAUGAUUUGAAGGUGAAAAAGCUGUCGGAUGAGAAGACGGCUCUGUUCGGAACUCUCGAACAAGAGAAGGCUAAACUGGUCGAAUCCGAGGAGCGAUACAACAAGUUGAGUGCAGCUAAAGCCGAUCUCGAACGACAACUGAACGAGCUGAGCGAACGAAUCGCCGAGAUGGAGGACCGCCAAGGAGAUAUGGACCGAAAACGCAAGAAGGACGAGAGUGAAAUCAACGAGUUGAAACGAAAGAAUAAUGUUCGUUCGUUUCAAUAG